AUGGGUUUUGUAAUACGUAGAAAUACGAAGAUACCGGCUAAAGCAUCUCGGUCGUGUACAGAUUCAGGUCAUACCUCCGCUAUCUUUGAAAUAUACGAAGGAGAACGUACCGAUGUAAGAAAAAAUCGUUAUUUAGGAGACUUAUGUGUUGAUGGUUUAACACCGGCACCUCCCAGACAACGAAUGUUAACUUUUACUCUUAAUAUUGACAACAACGGAAUACUAACAGCUACAGCUGAAGAAAAAAUAUCUAAUAUCAUUAAGGAAGUGAAAGUAAAUUACACCAGAGGUGACAGGAGUGAAUUUGAAAUUAAGAAUUCGUUACUAGAUGCCGUAGAAAAUCGGAAGAUGGAUGAAAAGUUAGAAAAGUUUAUUAAAAUUAAAGAAAAGGUAUAUGUGUAUUUGGAAAGUUUUUUGUAUAACCUUGAUAAAAAGAACUUGAGUGAAAAAUAUCAGUCGAUUCAGUUAUUUUGUCAAGAAAUAAUGAAUGACUUAUGGGAUAUGGAAGUCGAUCAAAAAAAUAGACUGAAAGAUCUCUACGUAGAAGCUAAAAUAAAAUGUAAUGCAAUUGCUGAGCGUCAUCACUUUGACUACGUGCCUGAAUUAGAUAUAUAA